AUGUUCCGAGUAGUUCCGGUGUACCUGCAUUUCGGGAAAUCUGUCGUAGAUACGUUGGCAUUCCUUGAUGAGGGUGCUUCCGUAACCCUUAUUGAAAAAACUCUUGCAAAAAAAAUUGCGUUAAUUGGAGAAAGAGAACAAUUAACCAUCAGAUGGACUGCAGAUAUUUCGCGAACCGAAAAGGACUCCUUGCGUGCCGACAUUCAAAUUUCACCCAAAGGUGAUAAUAAACGGUGGUUGCUUCGAGACGUAAGAACGGUAUCACAGCUUCGUCUGCCCGUUCAACAUUUGUGUUCCGACAAUUUAAAGGAACAGUAUCCUUUAUUAAAAGAAAUACCAGUACAAUCUUAUCGUGAAGCACGACCUGGCAUUCUGAUUGGUCUUAACAAUUUAGACGUUAUCGCACCGUUGGAGACAAAAAUCGGAAACAUCGGCGAUCCAAUUGGUGUACGGUCUAAACUAGGCUGGUCGAUAUACGGCCCAAUAAAACAUACACCAGCAAGUGGCCCAAGUGAAUACGUAGAGAUUCACGAAGAACCUACUAAUCAAGAAAUUCAUGACUUGAUUAAGUUCCAAUACGCCGUAGAGGAAUCCGCAGUGGCGAUGGCUACUGAAUCCAAGGACAAUCAAAGAGCUCGCGAAAUCCUCGAAAAAACGACCGUACGCAUCGGCGAUCGAUUUGAAACGGGACUGCUCUGGAGCAAAUGUGAUGUCUGGUUUCCGGAAAGUUACGGGAUGGCCUUUGGUCGUAUGCAGCAACUAGAAAGAAGAUUAGCAAAAACACCAGAGUUACAUAAAACCGUCUGCAAACAAAUUGAGGAAUAUUUACAGAAAGGCUAUGCCCACGAAAUCACCUCCGAUGAAUUGGUCAAAACUGAUAUCCAUAAAACUUGGUAUUUACCCCUGAACGUUGUUCUUAACCCAAAAAAGCCUGGUAAAGUGCGUCUAGUUUGGGACGCCGCCGCAACCGUUAAUGGUAUCUCAUUGAACACUCAAUUGCUCAAGGGUCCUGACAUGAUGGUAUCUCUGCCUGCUGUCAUCUGCCGAUUCCGCGAACGACCAGUUGCCUUCGGUGCAGAUAUACGGGAAAUGUACCACCAAAUUCGUAUAAGAGCUGAGGACAAACAAGCGCAGCGAUUUUUAUUCCGGAAAGACACUUCUAAGCCACCAACGAUCUACGUCAUGGAUGUAGCAACCUUUGGAGCUGCGUGCUCUCCAUGCUCGGCACAGUUUAUAAAAAAUCGUAACGCGAACGAGUUCGCCACGGAUUAUCCUGAAGCAGCAAAUGCGAUACUGUAUAAUCACUAUUUCGAUGAUUACUAUCACAGUACUGACACUCCGGAAGAAGCGAUCCAGCUGGCGACUGAAGUGCGGUACGUUCACAGCAAAGGCGGAUUCGACAUUCGAAAUUGGGUGUCUAACUCCAAAACUGUCCUAGCAGGAAUAGGUGAACCGGAAACUGAUUGCAAUAUCCACUUCAACCGAAAUAAGGAAACGGACAAUGAGCGAGUUCUGGGAAUAGUGUGGAACCCGCACGACGACGUCUUCUCAUUUUCUACUGCACACCGAGAAAAUAUGCAAUGUUAUCUGACAGGAGAAUCGCGACCCACGAAGCGCAUAGUACUAAGCUGCGUGAUGGGUUUUUUUGACCCCUUAGGCCUGCUCUCUCCAUUCACAAUACAUGGGAGAAUUUUAAUUCAAGACCUCUGGCGGUCCGGUUGUGAGUGGGAUGAUCCGGUUGACGAUGAUUCGUUAGCCAAAUGGAAGAGGUGGACCAGUGUUCUUCAUGAAGUCGAAAACCUUCGUAUUGAGCGUUGUUAUCUAGGAAAUCUCCGUUCAAAUGAAAUUCAAAUCCUGGAAAUACACGUGUUCACGGACGCCAGUGAGCAUGCCUAUGGGUGUGCAGCCUACUUCCGAAUCCAUUGGGCCGGUGGUAUAAAAGUUUCUUUGGUAAUGUCAAGUGUGAAGGUAGCACCUUUGAAGCGCGUUUCGGUCCCGCGUCUCGAGCUCAUGGCAGCGGUCCGCGGGGCGAAGAUAAUGACAAUAGUGAAGAAAAACCAUAGUCUGAACGCUACACGAUGUUUCUUGUGGACGGAUUCUCAGACUGUACUUAGUUGGAUAACGUCUGAGGCACGAAACUACCAGCAAUUUGUAUCCUUUAGAAUCGCGGGAAUACAGGAGUUGACUAAUGUUUCAGACUGGCGAUGGGUUCCUACCAAACUAAAUAUAGCGGAUGUUCUCACUAAAUGGAAUUCAUGCUCCCCCCUGGACUCGAACGGUCCAUGGUUCCGAGGGCCUGCCUUCUUGUACGAUUUGGAAAACCAUUGGCCUGAACAAAUAAGACAACCGAUCAACACUACAGAAGAGAUAAAACAAUGUUUUUUGUCACUUCAUGAGACCGUUCCGGAAAACUCAGUCAUUGACGUGGGAAAAUACUCAACGUGGAAUCGAUCAUUACGAAUCGUAGCAACAAUUUACAGGUUCAUUUGCAAUUUGAAACGCAAGAAGAAUGGUGAACCAAUAUUAUGUUCCAAGGCUGAGGGACUACAAGAAAAACUGCUGCUGAAGAAGAUAAAUUGCGAAAUAUGUCCACUUGACUGUGAUGAACUGAAAAGAGCUGAGAUAAUUCUGUGGAAGCAAGCCCAGCACGAUAGUUUUCCUGAAGAGUUGCACACUUUACAGCAGGUUCUAGAAGAAAGGAAGAACAGUUUGAAAUAUCGUUUAAGAAAAUCAAGUAAAUUGUACAAGUUGUCUCCUAUGCUUGAUAAUGAAGGUGUUUUGCGGGUGAAUGGCCGCACUGAAAGAGCAGAAUACUUGCCAUUUGAUCAACGGUUUCCGAUCAUCUUACCUAGAGGUCAUGUCAUCACCUUAAGACUUUUACAGCAGUAUCAUGAACGUUUCGGUCACGCUAAUCGUGAAACCGUAUUCAAUGAGGUGAAUCAAAAAUUUUGCAUUCCAGGAUUGCGCCGUGCCAUUCGUCUCGUAGCUAAAGACUGUAUGUGGUGCAAGGUUCACCGUUGUGUACCACAUGUACCAUUGAUGUCGCCUUUGCCAAUACAGCGCAUAACACCCCAGCUUGGACCAUUUCAAGCUGUAGGCGUAGACUAUCUGGGGCCCCUUGGAAUUACGGUCGGACGUCGGGUGGAGAAAAGAUGGGUUGCGGUUUUCACAUGCUUGUCAGUUAGAGCAAUUCACCUCGAAGUGGUCUAUAGUCUGUCUACACAGUCGUGCCUGAUGGCUAUUCGUAGAUUUAUGUGCAGACAAGGUACCCCUCAAGAAUUUUUUUCAGACAAUGGGACCAACUUUACUGGAGCUUGGAAUGAAAUGUGCAAACAAGUGAACUAUAAUUGUGCUGAAGCGAUUGUAUCUUCCCGAACCAAAUGGCACUUUAAUCCUCCUGGAACUCCUCACAUGGGGGGUAUCUGGGAAAGGAUGGUCAGGUCCGUUAAAGAAGCGAUGAAAGCCUUGAAUGAUGGGAGGAAAUUGACGGAUGAAAUCCUAUGGACUACAUUGUCAGAAGUGCAGGAGAUGAUUAAUUUACGACCACUCACUUAUAAACCGCAAGACGACUCAUGUGAAGAAGCGCUUACGCCAAAUCAUUUUUUGCGAACAGUCAAAGCAGAGGAUUUUCAACCAACGACGGAAACUGAGUUGGCGGAUGCUUUGAAGAGUAUCUUCCAUCGAGCGCAGUUCCUAGCUGAUAAGAUGUGGCAGCGAUGGAUCAAAGAAUAUCUACCAUCGAUUAAUCAGCGUACAAAGUGGUUUCAAGAGAUAAGAAAACUUCAAAAAAACGAUCUUGUUUUCGUCGUCACUGGAAAGGACCGGAAGCAGUGGGUUCGAGGUAUCGUUGAAGAGGUGCUUGAGGGACAGGAUGGGAAAGUACGUCAAGCAUUGAUCCGAACUGGAAAUGGUGUGAAUCGACGCAGCGUUGUUAACUUAGCUGUGUUAGAGUUAGGAGCAGGAAGUAAAACCGUUCAAGCAACGGACUUGAAGGAGUUACGGGUGGGGGGUGUUGAUGUGACCCACAGUAGUCGGGCGUCACAUGAUUGCAGUUUCACUGUUGUCCCUCCGGAUGCUACAAUCUGCCAGCUAAGAAUUGACUUUACAGCCUUUUCCAUCUCUCAACCGGACGCCAACGGUGUUUGUGCGAUCGAUAAUAUCCAGGUGUCUGGUGGGGCCAGCUCUGUACCUGUGAUCUGCGGAGAUAAUAACGGACAGCAUGUUUAUGUAACAUUCAGCGGAACAAAUCCCAUCUACAUUAAUGUGAUGACUACAGCAUCGACGUCGUUCCAGCGGAUUUGGAACUUACAACUUAGCCUGAUAUCGUGUACCAGUGCCUUCAAAGCUCCAGCCGGAUGUUUGCAAUAUUUCCUUUCAAGUUCGGGCGAAGUAGCCAGUUUGAAUUACGGGUCAUCGGCUAACCCCGCAUUGAACGCCCUUGGUAUGACGGGAACACGACAAUUAGCCAAUCAGAACUACGGAAUUUGCAUCGCUGCAGCCGCUGGAAUGUGUUCGAUAACAUAUACACUGCCUACGGGAGACUCAUUUGCCUUCACGAUGACAAAUGAUGCAACUGCCGUGGCUGCAGCCACCCUUGGAACUGGGGCAGUUGGAGCCCAGGGAGUCGCUUGUACAACGGAUUAUCUCAUCAUUCCCAACCCAACUGGGAUCAACAACGACCGCUUCUGUGGUUUGGGACUGGAUCCAAUUACUAGCAAUACAAUUCCUUUUAACCUGUAUUACAUCACCAAUGCGAAUGAUCAGGGAGAUGUGGCCAACCGGGGCUUUCGGUUAGGUCCGGUAAUGAAGAAGAACCACAACUGGAAUUUCAACAAGCUGCAUCCGGCAAACACCCCGGUGCUUUCUUUGAUGAAGGUGGCAUGA